AUGACGCUAGGAAACCUGAAACUAAACAAGGGGCAAGCACUCCUUCUUCAGCGGUUAACAAUGGUUAGUCUUGCUUCGUGGAAUAUAAGGGGGUUGAACCGCCCUCUGAAACAAACGGAGGUUCGACAGGCUGUGAAGGAUUAUAAUUUGAGUUUAUGUGCUAUUCUAGAGUCGCAUGUUGAUGUUAGUAGGCUGAGUCAUGUGUGCAGAUCUGUGUUUCGAUCCUGGGAUUGGACGUCCAAUGGGGCUCACUGUAGCAAGGGUACAAGGAUUAUUAUAGGCUGGAAUCCAGCCGUUUUUGAUGUUAUGGUUCUGUCUCAGACCGAUCAGGUUAUUCAUUUACAACUCUUUUUCAAGAAAGAUAACAAAAUAGCCUUUUGUUCGGUUAUCUACGCGGCUAAUUAUUAUGUGACCCGUAGGGAGUUAUGGCACCAUUUGUCUAUGCACAAAAUAUUUGUUGGCAAUAAUCCAUGGUUUCUAAUGGGUGAUUUCAACUCGGCUUUAAACCUAGAAGAUAAAUCGGUGGGGGCCUCAUCUGUUUCUCUUAGUAUGAAAGAAUUCCAAGCGUGUGUGGAUGAUAUUGAAAUGUUCGAUAUUAAUCGGUCCGGUCUCCAUUUUACAUGGAGCCAGAAGCCCAAUAAGGGGAUUGGCUUGCUGAAAAAGAUUGAUAGAGUGUUGGGUAAUACCCACUUCAUAACUAAUUUUCCGAAUGUUGUUGCUCUUUUCCAGCCGUAUCGGAUAUCGGAUCAUUGCCCCUGUGUUUUAAAGCUCCCAGAUGCUGGUAUUUUGAAACCUCGGUCGUUUAAAUUUGCAAAUUUUCUGUUGUUUAAGCCUGAAUUUUUAGAAAUUGUGAAGCGGGUGUGGGACACUAGAGUUAAUGGAGUGCACCAGUUCUGUGUUGUCAAACGUCUUCGGCUGCUGAAAAAGCCUCUUCGUGCACUGUUAUUUAAGCAAGGUAACUUGCAUAAAAAAGUGGAAAGUCUCCGUGAGAAACUUGAUGUCAUUCAGAGUUCUAUUGAUAAACAGCCAAAUAUUGAGAGUCUUCGGGUUGAAGAAGCUACUUUAAGUGCUGAAUACCAAGAAGCGUUAUUGGAUGAGGAGCGUUUUCUAAAACAGAAAUCCAAAGUGGACUGGUUGAGGGCUGGGGAUAUGAACACGGCUUUUUUCCAUUCUUCGUUAAAAAACAGAAAUCAUCGUAGCCGUAUUGAUGUUAUUCGUGACAAUGGGGGUGUUAUCUUUGAGGGCAAUCAUGUUCAUCAAGCUUUUGUCGAUCACUACGAGAACUUUUUGGGUUGCCGGGGUGAUACGUCUGGUUACCCCGGUGAAAUUUUAUACCAACCAAAUAAACCAAGUGAGAGACAAAAACCUCCCAGUUCUCAAGUAUGA